GCAAGCCUCUCCAAGAUGACGCUCCUAGGUUGGAUGCACCGAAAGCUACGGAGCAAUAAUGACGUGUUCAAAGAGUUCAACGCCGGCGGAGGUGGGGCCUGCAAUUGCAUCACCGGACUAGCCUCACCGGACGGCGAAUACUUCGGUGACGAUGCCUUUGCCGCCAACCAUCCAUCGCCGCUGGUCAGCGCGGACGAGCACUUCACCUUUAGCGGGAGUGGCCUCCUCGCCAUUGGCACGCUGGGCUUCGCCGACUUUGACAUCCCUAGCGACCACGAGGACAACGACGAAGAUUACGAUCACGUCGACGUGGAGAGCAUUGAUGCCGAUGGCACCGUGGAUGAAGCUGACGAUGGCACUGUCACGCCCACCUUCACCUACCUGCAGCCUGAGGCCGAGGACGCCGCUGUGGAGAAGGAGAUGUGCACCAUUGAGGCCGUCGCGGAGAAGGACGAUGACACGCCAACGGAGGACGACCUCAUGCUGGUGAGCGCCGAGCUGGAGAAGGUCCUCGGGGGCAGCGACAUUCCGUCCGCGCGGGUGAGCUUCGCCAUGGGCGUCGACUGCCCGCUGCAGGGCUUCCUAUUCGGCUCCCCGGUGUGCAGCGACGCCGAGUCGCGACCUGACAAACCGGACGGCGGUGGCCGGCGCACCUCACUCGGCGAGCUGUUCAUGCGCACACGCUUCGUCGAGGACAAGGUAGCACUUGUCGCCGUCGCGGAGGGGGAAGACGGCGGGGAGAGGGAUGAAGGGAAGCAAGGGAAAGGGGACGGCGGCCGCUACAAGAGGAUGAAGAAGAGGAGGGUGAAGGAUGAGAAAGGCGCCGGUGGCGAUGGAGAGCCGGAUAGUGCAACGACUAAAAGCAAAUUUAAGAAGAUCCUUCAAAUCUUCCACAGGAAAGUCUACCCUGAAAGCACGAUACUGACAAGGAACCUGACCAAGAAAACCCGCAAACGCUGUGGUCCGGAGGACGGCGGCGGUGCUACCGACGAGCCGACGGCCUCGCCGAAGACCACCCGGCCGCGCAUGCUGAGCCUCGGAUGCUGCACCAAGCGCUCCUUCAGCGCCUCCCCUGGUGACAGCGGCGAGCUGAACGCCAACAAGAGCGGCCACUGGAUCAAGACCGACGCAGACUACUUGGUGCUGGAAUUAUAGAUGGAAGGAAGAAUCAAGAGCUGUUGGCCUGAAUGUGAACGUGAAUGAAGCACAGCGAGUAUAUGUGUAUGUGUAUGUGUGCUUGCCUAUUUCAAUCCUUAUCUUGUCGGUACGUACCUCUGAAUGUGUUGUAUGUCUCACAAUAUAAGGUGGGAGAACGACUGAAAUUAUAUCAAUCAAGUGUGCGGUGAUGUGUACAUGGCUCUGUAGACGCCUGAGUCUGACAGAGAUCACCAAGACACAAUGUAUGAUUUAAUUUUCUUGUUGAUGCGAUUGGUGUUUUGU